AGGGUAGAAUUAAUAGUGUUGAAUGGAAAAUUCGUCCAUAAAAAUCCAUUCCUGUAUAUCUUGAAACUGUGAUUGAAUGUUAUUGAAUAUUUAAUGGAGAAUAGUUCCUGUGAAAAGUGAUGGGCUUUUAAAAAUUGGAGAAAAUCGUUACUUUAAUUACAUCUAGUGUUACUGUGCUGUUUAAAUAGAAUAUAUAGUAAUGACGUAAAUUGUACUAACACAGUAUGGGUUACAUGCAGAAGCUUUUUUGUUCAAACGGAAUAUGAUUUUAAAAAAAUGUAGCGUAAUGUUGAAACAGGAUUUUAAUAUGAUCUGGGUAUAGGAUUUCAUACCUGCAAAAAUUACUGUCAAAAGAGCAGUAGUGAAAAUAAUUAUUGGUGGUGAUCUCAGUUGAUACAGCUGACAGGAAAUCAAUUAAAGUAGCAGCUGUAUAUGAAAUUGUACAGAAUAAUGGGAACAAACACAAUUUACAGGUGGUAAACUCAGUAUUAGCACUAGAAUGUGUGGAAAUGCAGAAGUUGAAAUGCAUGUUAGACAUGAAUACAUGUAAAGACAGAAACUUACAAUUCUAUAGAUUAUAAUGAAGGCUUAGUGAACAGGAGAGAUCAAGAAUGGAAUUUGUCAAUGGAAAUGUGACAUGAAAAUUCAUUCAGAAGUAACUUUUAUGUAACUUUUAUUCUAAAGGGAGAUAAUUUAUAGGAUAUCUUUGGAUGGUUGUACCUAAAUGACAAGUAACAGAUCAUCACAUAAUCAUGAGAGUGCUCAGCAUUUCCCCCAAGUGUAUCAUUAAUUAGUGAUUGAGAGAGAUAACUUGUAGUGAAGGGAGCUAACUUUAUAGUGUGUGGAAGUACAGAAAAGGGAAGUUACUAUUGUAACAGUUAUGGAAUAUGGUAUGAGGCUGCCUAUGGUGGGGGGUGGGGAGAAGAAGCACAGGGUUCCCGUUCUCCCCGGCGUUGGAGUUGCAGGGUUGGAGAAUAUGACCAAAGCCAAGCAUGGCACACAGAGUCCAACACAUGCCAGUACCCAUCGUCAUCACAGAUCGAAGCAUCAGUCAGACGGACAGUCACUCAGUCACAGUCACACCAUCACAACCGGACAACAACAAGUCCAGUCAUCACAUCACACCUCUCAUAAACACAAGGACCAUUCAGACUCAGGGAAACACAAAUCUAAUGGACUUGUACAUACAGAGGGCAAAUUGGUUGCCACAGUUGCACCUACAACAACAUUACCUCACUUGAACCAGUCUGAACAUCAGCAUCAUCAUCGUCGGCACAAAGAUGAUGACCAGUCAACUUUACCGUCGCUAAGACAGACAGAGUCAGUAACACGGCAGAACACAUAUUCCACCAUAGGGACCCCAGAACGAAGUAAAAGGGACCAAUAUGGCAACAAAUUGCCCAUGACCCCUGCUGAGGCCCUCAAAUUAUACAGAGGAAAAUUGACCGCAUUUGAACAAACAGAAAUUUUAGACUAUCCAGAGAUCUGGUUCCUGGGACUGGAAGCCAAGAAAAUAGAAGGGGAACCAGGCAGUGCUCAGAAUAAUGGUUAUGAUGAUGAAAAUGGCUCAUAUAUAAAGGUGCUACACGACCACUUGGUUUAUCGCUAUGAGAUUUUCGAGGUGCUAGGUAAAGGUUCUUUUGGACAGGUGGUGAAGGCGUAUGAUUAUAAAACAGAUCAAAUGGUGGCUAUUAAACUAAUCAGGAAUAAGAAAAGAUUUCACCAUCAGGCAUUGGUAGAAGUGAAGAUUUUAGAUGCUCUUCGAAGGAAGGACAAAGACAAUCAGUUCAAUAUUAUACACAUGGGAGAAUACUUUUACUUCAGAAAUCAUCUCUGUAUAACUUUUGAACUUAUGGGAAUGAAUCUUUAUGAAUUGAUAAAGAAGAACAAUUUCCAAGGAUUUAGUAUAGCUCUGAUACGUAGAUUUGCCUUCUCACUUCUACAGUGCUUAAAGUUGCUGCAACGAGAAAAAAUUAUACAUUGUGACCUUAAACCUGAAAACAUAUUGUUACGACAACGAGGUCAAAGUUCCAUUAAAGUGAUAGACUUUGGCUCAAGUUGCUAUGAACAUCAAAGAGUAUACACAUACAUACAGAGUAGGUUUUAUCGAUCGCCGGAGGUAAUUCUUGGUCUGCCAUAUUCAAUGCCAAUUGACAUGUGGAGUUUUGGAUGCAUCCUUGCUGAAUUAUAUACUGGUUACCCAUUGUUUCCAGGAGAAAAUGAAGUAGAACAGUUAGCGUGUAUAAUGGAGAUUCUAGGUCUACCGCCUAAUCUGGUGCUAGAACAAGCAACAAGGAGACGUCUUUUCUUUGAUUCGAAAGGUAACCCUCGUUGUAUUACAAACAGUAAGGGAAAGAAGAGACGUGUCUCAUCAAAAGACCUCCAGCAGGCUAUAAAGACGAGUGAUGCUAAUUUUCUUGACUUCAUUCGCAGAUGUUUAGACUGGGAUCCUUCAACAAGAAUGACCCCAGAAGAGGCCCUACAACAUGAGUGGAUAAAAGAAGGCUUAGUUCAUCGCCGUAAAGAUCAAAGUCAUCAGAAGCAUACAUCGUCUAAACAUCACCAUGGCAACCAGUCAGCCCACUCAGAUCACUCCACAGAUCCAUACAAGACUCCAGCUCAGCCUCCAGUUAAGGAAAAAUCAAAGACGGAUGAAUGGAAACUUAAUUUGAAAGAAAGAAAAAGCUCAAAGAAAGAGGAAAGAGUACCCCCUGUAGGGGCCUCAGCAGAACAGAGUCAUGAUGAGAUCAAAACACACAGAGCUCCGAGUGCUAAGUCAAUCAAGAGUGGAAAGAAAGCUGCAGAGACCAGUGUUGUAGAGGAAGUACAUAUCACAAAGUUGAACCUACAGGGACAAAUACAUAAACAGGACAAUGCUCACGAUAUUGGCAGCCUGCCACCGAUCGCAAAAUAGCCGGAAAUCUGCUGACACGCCGCCUUUUGCUGUUGCUUUUGAAUGAAAAACACAUGACAACAAAUUGUGUAAACAAAUAGAAAGUAUGGUCAAGCCUGUAUACAAAAAACAGUGGUCAGUAUUUACAGGUGGCUGUUAUAUAGAGGUGAAAACAAUCUGCAAAUACUGAAAUUGGAAAUAAAAUAUGUGGUCGUUAGAGCAAAGUGGUCACUGUUAACAGAUGGUCUUUUGACACAGGUUUGGUGGUAAUGUGAAAAAAAAUGGAAUGGUUACUUUUUGAUUGGCUGCUGCUAGUAGAAAGAUGGAUGUUUCUGAAUAUAGAUUAAAUAUACAUUCAAAGAUAAUAAUCAGUAUUAUUUUAUGGCAUUUUUUGUUUUUUUUGUUUACCUCAACUAGUUGACAUAUAUAAAUCAAAUCACUCAUAGAAAUGAAUGUGUCACAAGGAAUGUAUGCUGUAUGAUGCCUGAAGUGACAUGUGAAAUGUGAUAUACAUACAUCAUUCAAGAAUUCUAGUUGUAUUAGGCACAGGAUCAUGGAUUAGAAAAGCUGCAGGAGAUGUAUUCAAAUGUUUCAUUGUUUUAAGACUUUUUGAAGUGUUUUUUUUUCGACAAGCUGCCUUCGGAAAGUGUGUAUUUCUUGCCAAAUACUGUAUAUACGUAGUGAAAAAGGCUGAUCAUGUAUAGGAUGAGGUCUGUGUUUUAACAUUUAGUUAAACAUAGAUUGGUAGGAAUUGUACUGAAAAACUGUUUGGACAGAUCAUGUACAUGGAAAUUGGAGAUCUGAAGGUGUAUUUCUUUUCAGUGAACGUUAUAACAGUAUGUAGCAAAGUGAAAAAAAAUUCAGGGUGAUACAGAAAAUAUGUUAAUGAGAAUACUGUGACAUCAUUAAUAUUCAUGAGUGACUAAUAUUUGUAGAUUUCAUAAUUGCUUCAAUCAAAGAAAAUAGGCACCCAGGGAGUAAGCAAAUUUUCCAUGUAGUUAAAAUUGAAAUCCAUGAACUCGUGUUGCUCUGAAGUAGUGGAUUUUACUCAGGUUGCAAGUCUUUCUUACCCAUGGAACUACUAGUACAUGGUUUCAGAGUAUAACGAUUUAUGUAUGGGGAUAUUACUAUAUUGGGGAUUUAAGAAUUUGUAAGAUGUUUGUGUUUAGAGAAAUUAGCACAUGCCUUCAAGGAUCUGAAAAAGAAAUCUCUAUCUAUUUUGUCAUUUAUUAAACGAAAUUCAGCUUUUUAUACAUUAUAGUUAAAUCUUAUUUACUGUGAAAUCAUUAAUUUUCAGGUGAGACUGAUCCUUUUGGAUUUUUUGGUCGAGUCAACCAUGAAGUUCAGUCCCAACAUGCAGUAAAAUUCCCUUUUGUUUUAUGUUAAAAAAUUGAAAUCCAGAGAUAAAUAUCCCUAUGAAAUAGUUGUUUUAGCCAGAGCCACUAAAAUUAAUUCCCACAAAAUUAUAUGAUUUCACAGAAUGUCUGUGAUCUAUAUUUAGAAUUCUUGAGAGAUAAUCAUCACGGCUGAAAAAUAGGAUAAAAUGGACCCCUAGAAUGUCUCAUAGAAUGCCUAAUAUUACGUGGAUUUUGACAUUUUUUUUCUUUUGAUUGUGUUAGUUGUUGUACAUAUGUAAUAUGUACAUACAAAAUGUUUUAAUAUUUUUUCUAUGUAUAUAGUGUUCUGUGAUACUUUAAUUGUGCUAGUCCUUAAAUGCAUUUAUUUACUGUUACUGUGAAUACAGGGAGUUUUUUAAAGGGCCAAAUACUUUAAAAUUUGCAGUUGUUAUGAGCUAACAAAAUUCACGAAAAAUUUUCCUUAAUAAAAAAGUACGAACUUUUCAGAUAAAAUGUUAUGGCUGUUGGUUCAGAAAUAUAGAAAAAUAGUUAAUAGUUCAGACUUUGAAGGUUAGGAAAUUGGCACAUGACUGACAUAUCAGAAUGAGGCAGUUACACUUGGAUUAUAGCCACUAAUGACUCUGCAACAGUGCUAAUAUGUCCUUAUCAAAUAACUGAAAACUUCGGUACUUCACUCAGAUAAUAGGGAGGUUGUGAUAUUGUAUGCAUACAUGAUAAGUGUAAAGUUUUAGGACAUUGCAAGUUACUUGCUAAAUGCAGCAUUGCAUAUUUAAUAUAUGAAAUUGUAAAGCAGACUUUUAGUUUUAAACAAUUAACAAUAUUGUGAAAAACUGUUGCUUACUUAUCGAGAUACCGACAUGCACAGAAAUCAUGGUAAUGAAGAUUGCUGCAUGUCACUGAUGUUAUUGAUGUCAGAAAUUGAUAUGUUUGUCGAUAAGUAAUAACAGAGGCCUUAACACUACAUAACAGUCUUUAAUUCACGAGGAUACCACUGUUGUUUUGACAUUUUUCUGCUAAAAUACGUAACUACAUAUCAUUAUAAUUUCAUAUGAGUAGGUGUGCUGUUUUGGUGUCUGUUGGCCAUUGUCUUUGUUUACCGUUAUGAAAGAAAUGGUGUUUUUGCGUGCAGCAACAUGUCUGUAAGGGUAAACUUUGCUUAAAAAACAAUAUUUAAUUAAAUUAGCUUACAUCUUUAUCUAACUACUAUAAUGAUACAACAAUGAACAAAUGCACAAUUGACAACCUGAUAUUAAUUCUGGAUUGACACUUGUACAAGUAUGAAAGUCACAAUCGCUCUAUUGUCAGACCUUAAAAGAACUACUUUCAGUAAAAAAUGUUGAGCACAUGCAGUCUCCCAAUCAGGGAUCAGACAUGACCUCUCGUUAGUAAGAUGCUUUUAACUGGUUGAGGCAAAACACAGUAUUUUCUGUUUCAGUGUCCCUUAGAAAAUGUCUGAAUUGACAGUACUUACUCUGGUUUAUUGUAAUUAUUACUACAUGCUGAGUUGUCAGUUCUGUGUAUUAUUCCUUGUUUUGAUGUACUUCUAUAUAUAGACUGGUAUAUGUGAUAAUGAAUUUAAAUGUCUCCUGGGAAGAUGAGUAUCAUGGAACAGUUCUAUUUUCUGGACAUAAUCAGAACAUUAAAUUUUAUACAUUUGCUAGCUAAAACUGGAGAAAAAAAUCCUUACUUUUUUUUGCAACAUUGCUAAAAGGUUUCUUUAAGUUUGAGGGACAAGUAGAAUUAUUAUUGUCACAUUUCCUAAAGUCACAGUAUAGUACAGUACAUAGUAAAGUAAUUUUAUAUUCCAUAAGGCUGACUUUGUCUGUCAGUUGAACAAAGAAUUUAAGGAAAUCGAGCGUUGUAUAUUCAGUGAUAAACAAUGUGGUAAAAGACGUUAGUCUUGAAAUCAAAUAUUCGCAUGAUGUAUAGUUCAUUACUGUUUGGAUUAAUACUAUUCAGCACUAUAUACUAUUCAACUUUUAAUUAUCAAGUUUUACUAAGUAUGUUAGAAUGAAAAUAAACAAGGCCUUCUUAUGUUUCAUUUACCAUAGUCCUUCGUUCAGAUGUUUGGAUAUUGCACCACUUGAGCUAACACCCUUAUAGUUCAUUUCAGGCAAUUCAUUGCUUGAUAAUUAAAUGUUGAUAAAUAUUUAAAUGAAAGUUGAUCUGAUUAACUUGGAUGCAUUCAAAAUCAUUUUUAUGUUUUUUUUACAUAAUUUUGUUGCGUUUGAUUAUUUUACCUCUCCAAUUAAAAAUAAGGCAGCUUUUAAAGUCUCAUUUUUAGAAUUUUAGAGGUUCUUUUUAUUUUGUUUUGAAUGUGCAAAAACAUUUGCAUUUUACAAAAAAUUUAUGAAAUGCCAUUUUUAAGCAAAUGCAUCCAUCUCAUCAUGUCCAUUCUUAAGAAAUUUUUUCACUUAAACAAAUAUAGACUGUGUUAUUAGAAUUGUUCAUGGGAUCAUUACAUGAUACACUUUAGUUCCAUACUUUCUCUAAUAUUAAUUUUUCAGACUUAAAGAGCAGCAUCUAGCCUGUUAAAUAUAUUUUUUGUGUGUAUUUCUUGAUUCUCGUAGUUCAAUGAAGACUUCAUUAAUGUGAUAGUGAUGUUAAGUUUUACUGUUUGAUUAACCUAAUCUAUAACAAGGUUUUUUUAAAAACUGUAGCUAUAUAAAUGAUAAAAGAUUUGGAUAUAAACUACACAUCAUUCUAAAGGGCUCCAAUGAUGUUUUUAUGCAGACUUAAAGAUGUGUUUUAUAACAUUUCAUUUAAUUUAACAGAUUGGGUCAAAACUGAGUUUUUUAAGUGUCAAAAUGGUUGAAAUUUACACUGGAAAGUACGCCAACUGAAGUUACUUUUGAAAAAGAACCCAAAAUAGUUCCUCUUACCACCCUCUGAGUUAUUUAAAAUAAUGUGUAAUCUCAUUGGUAUUGUUUUAUAUUUAAUCCUUAGUCUGCUAACGGCAAGUGAUUUUGCCUUUGCGACCAGUGCAGACCAAGAUCAACCUGCACGGACGUGCAAGCUGAUCAUGGUCUGCACUGUUUGCUAUUCAGUCAUUAAAUUUUCAGUGAACACCCAGUGAUGCUGCCUAAAUUGAAUGAUGGACCAGUCCAUUUUAGAAAUUUAGCAGGGUAAGGGUUAAAAAGUAGUCAUAGAAAAAUCUUGUUACAGAAAAGGUGGAUCAUACAUUAUUGUUCACAACAAGAGUAAAACCUAAUUUAUACUGCAGCAUGAUUUCUUUUAACAUGUGUAUUUUCGUUUUCGCAUUCACUAAAGGGAUUAUGUGGAAAAAAAGGUUUUGAUUACCAGAUAUAACAUUAUCAUCACAAUGAAAUGGGACCAAAGAUUUUUAUAUACUGAAUCCAUAAACAGAUACAGAAACCUGUAAGCGAGGAGAGUCACCAGACCUAAGCUAGCUUUAGUACACUGAAACUUUGCACACUCAGUAAUUGGUGGCUCGGACGCCAGGGCUGACAUGCAGUUCAUGCAGUCCACACAAACCAGUUUCCUUACCGGUAUAUUUUCUCUGUUUGUGUUGCUUUAAAUUCUUGAUAAAUUGAGCAUUUGUGCCUUCCAGCAGUCUGUGUUUAACUGUAUGUCUAAAUUUUUUGUUAAUUUCAUUGCAAUGAAUUUUGAUGCUUACUUGAAUAUAUCAUAUUUAAGAAAAAAUUACACAUGUACCUUUACAACUAUGAAAUUCAAAAAAUUUAAACUUUAGCUAACUACCAUUGCCUGUAUCAGCAUUUCUCUAACAAUGUUGCCUUAUAACCAUGUCUUUUUAUGUGCAUCUGUUCACAACGUUAACGAAGCACUGACCCUGAGGACUAUGUAUGGGAAAAUAUAAGAGUGAACUAAGUGUUGACUGAAAAAGGGCAAUAUUUAUUUUGCCGAACAAUACCUUAACAAAUAUAUAUUUUCACAUAUCUGGGCGAAAAAUACCGCCUUUGCCGAACAAUACAUUAACAAAUAUAUGUGUUCACAUAUCUAGGCGAAGAAUACCGCCGAAAAAUACCUUAACAAAUUUAUAUUUUCACAUAUCUGGACGAAAAAUACCGCCUUUAACAAAUAGAUAUGUUCCCAUAUCUGAAUGAAGUUACAGCCCAAUGCCAUAAUAAAUAUAUAUAUUCACAUAUUAGGGCGGAUAAAACCGCCGAAAGCAUAUCAACAAAUGUAGAUGAAUUUGCAUAUUAAGAGAAAUCUUUCAAAAUUAGAAAAUUGUCACUUGAAAGAGGAGGUGGAAUGGGAGGUGGUGGUAAGAUAAAACCAGAAAUUAGCCAAAAUAAAAUUAAAGAAAGAAGCGUGCUAUUCACUCUUGAAUGCUGACGAAGAAGGAAGAUGCCGUUUCCCGAUUGGUUCAACGGUAUCACGUGAUAAAAGGAAUUCCAAGAUUGGCUUUUACCGUAGUAUAUAAAUUAACAUAAUUCAGAAUGGGACCAAUUCGCCCCAAAUGUACAACAAUGACAUAAAUAAUUUUAUCUACCUAUAAAAUUCAUUUAUGUGCAUCUGUUCACAACGUUAACGAAGCACUGACCCUGAGGACUAUGUAUGGGAAAAUAUAAGAGUGAACUAAGUGUUGACUGAAAAAGGGCAAUAUUUAUUUUGCCGAACAAUACCUUAACAAAUAUAUAUUUUCACAUAUCUGGGCGAAAAAUACCGCCACGAAAGACCAGGGAACAAGUGACCUGGGAUGCCGCCCAGAGACACAGGGACAGAUGCUUGAAAUUCAUUUGACAAUGUUGUCUAAUGACUGUUCCUCUAACAGUGUUAUAUAAUGUCCAUUUUCUCUGACAUUAUUAUAGAUGAUUAUUUCCUCACAUUUUCUCCAGACAGAUUAUAGAAUGACUGCCUCUUGAAUCGCGGAUUAAGAAGUACCUGUGUAAAUAAAUGUAUGUUAUGUAUUUGUAUGCAAAAUUUAUUAUAUAGAUAACUAUAAGAGAUUUUUAUUAUAUUAUGCAAUAUGAAAUAUUGUGUUGUUAACUUGUCUUUGUUGAUGAUAAAAAUAAAAUUGUUUGUUUUGCCAUGAG